UAUUUAGGGUUUUGAUCUUGGGUGUAGAUCGGAUUUGGUCUCGCAAUUGUUCUUCACUAGCAUCUUUAGAAUUGGAGGUAAAUUAUCAAUGAUUGUGUGGUGAAUUUUGGACUGCUCAGAUUUGUGGAGUCUUUCGCUUUUGAUGUGAAAUUGAUUGUGUCAUAUGCAAAUGUUCGUUGAUUUGAAGUGAUAUUACGUAAAGGCGAGAUUUGCCUUUGAUUGAUUUACCAAGUUCCAAUGUCAACAAGUUGCUGGUUAUGUGUGCACUGAUUGUGUAUAAUUGCUUAUUUUGAUUAAGAUAUACAUUACUAAGCAUUCGAGCAUUGCAGUCUUGUACUGGUUUAUAUAGUUUCUGCAAAUUUUGGUUUCGAACUCUGGAUUGAUAGUUAAUUUUUUUUUUUUGUGUACGUUUUUCAUUCGCAGUAAUUUUCUAUGAUUGCUGGACAAAUUUACUGAUUCCAAUUUAUUGUUUUUGACAGGACCUGUCAAUUAUUAGCGUAAGAAAUGGAUAUGAAUGUAGAUCAUUAUGUGAUUCUUGGUUUAGAAUCUGGAGAGAAAGGCGCUGAGCUUACAGAGGAAGAGAUCAUAAAGGCAUACAAAAAAAAGGCUUUGAAGUUGCACCCUGACAAAAACCCAGGUGACGCUGAUGCCGCAGCCAAUUUCCAAAGGCUCGUAUCGUCGUAUGAGAUACUCAGGGACGAAAAGGCCAGAAAAUUGUUUGACGACUUACUCAAAGUUAGGAGACAACAGCAACGCCGCGAUUUACAACGUGAUGCCAAGCGACAAAGGAUGGUCUCUGAUCUUGAAGCAAGAGAACGAGCUGCCUUUGCUCCAGACCCAGCUGCCAAAGAUAGACAAGAAGAGGAUAGAAUUACUAGGAAACUUGCUGAAGAGAUUGCGAGAAUACGUGCAAUGCAUGCGAAUAAAGGGGUGCCUACUGCUUCUGUUCCUAAAAAAGAGAAUAGGAGAGUUGAGAAGGAGAGUGCGGGUGGUGCUGAGCAAGGGGUGGAUAUGGAAAGGAUGCUUAAAGUUACAUGGGAAAAGGUUGGUGAAGAUUAUACAGCAGAGAGGUUGAGAAAGCUGUUCUCUAGGUUUGGUGAGGUUGAAGAUGUUGUUAUCAAGUCUAAAAAGAAGAAAGGUUCAGCAGUGGUUGUAAUGGCAACUAAAGAUGCAGCUGUUGCUUCAACAAGAACUAUGACUGGGGACCUUUCUAAUCCAUUGCUGGUUAUACCUCUUCAACCAGUUGCUGCUCCAGUGGCUCCAGCAGCUCAGAAAUCUGAUGCACCUGAUCGUCUUAAUAAUUUGGUUGGCACUGGGUAUCAAUCAUUUGAGGAUGCUGUUUUGAAGAAACUCGCACAGGCUGCACAGAAGCAAAAGUAAUAGUCAGACUUUUAGAAGCAUGAAAGGAUGGUUGAUCUCAAAAGUAAAGUUCAUGAACUCAGUGGUUUCAGUAUAGGGAACUGGUGUAGUGUGUCUCUCUCAACUAUCUCAAGAUAUUGCCAAGAAAAAACUCUUGGUGUGAACAGUGUUGAAUAGGCACCAGUUCAUGUAUCAGUGAUUGUCCUUUACAUCUACAUGUCACAGUUACAUAUAUACAAAAGAAAUUCUAUCGUCCAUUACCAAUUGUACCAGGGGAUGUGACGCCUUAAAAUCCCCUCGACUUGCAUCACAUAAUUUCUAGGCUUCCAAUUGGUAUCAAACACCAAUUUCCUGCGGUUUUCUUCUUCUGUUAUUCCUCUGUUUUGGCAUUCUUGUCCAUUAGUAUGAUUAGUACACACAAUGAGGUAUGAGCGUGUUUCAUGGUCCCAUUGCCAGCAAAACCAGCAUGUAAAGAUAAAAGAUCUGUUGGAGAACUCAACUUAUUGGUACUCGGGGUUUCACAACUUCACAGAAUGGGUUGGUUGAAAACUGUUCUCUGCUCCGGGAAGCUUACUUGAAUGGAGGGUCACUUCCUUAAUCACCCAUUAGUAAAGGGAUAAAGUGUUCUGUUAACUGUAUGUAUUGUGUUAUGCGGCACCGGUCGAAAUUUGUUGCCGUAUAUUCACGCCUUCACCGGUGUUGUUUUCCCCUCCUAACCAUCCACUUCUGUCGGAUUAGCUGCCAUUGGCAAUUUGGCAUGGUAACUACAUAGCACAGUUCAACACCUUUUAUUUACAAAAGAAAGGCUUAGGCCACCUCUUCUUUAAUGUCGCUUCUAGCUCUCAUUUCUGGUUGAGAUAUUAUCACUUUCAUCACU